AUGGCCUUUGUGUGAAGGCGGGGAUGCCUCGUCUCGGUUAGGCUGCUGAUUAGCAACAAACAGAAGGUUACGAGUUUAAAGAAAUUGGACUAUUUGACCGCUGGACUGGUUUUACAGCAACGAGAAAGGUAUGAACUAUGUCGGUUACCUAACCAGAGUUAGUUGGGACGCUUUUGAGGGGACCCUGCGGGGAUUUGCAACAUUUCUUGCUGAUCGCGGAGACAACCUCGCUUUUGGGUCGUUCAAGUGGCGAUGCUGAGCUGAUAGCUGCGUCAUCAUGUUGCUUCCGACUCGAGUUGGCGAAAAGAAAUCUCAAGUUAACGCCAGAGGUGAGGCUGCGCGCCGUCAGCCAGCUCCGGAGGCCACUGCCGGCCUCUGAAAUUGGGAGACGGGCUGCUGGCGGGCGAUUUGCGUUGGUCGCUGUGAAACUGGGGACUUUAACGUUACAUCACUUGCUCGGCGGUGUUGGCGCGAUAACGUACUCUCCUGGCUGCAUCUACUAGCUACACUCCGGUGGACAGUCGGAACAAUUAUAUUGAUGGUGCGCAGCGUUAGAAACCGCAAACAUUGUACAUAAAUAAAUAUGACCAAAUAGUUUUCCAACAGAAAGUGGAACUAUAUCGAUAUUUCAGGGAUGUUAGCCACAACUGUGUGGGGUGGUGAGAAGUGAUGCCCUCACUGACAGAUAACGUUAGGGUACAAAGCAGGACGCAUACCCUUCAGUGAAAUGCUGCUGACUCCCAUCUGGUGGCGACUUUCUUCUUCUGCGCCAGAUGAAAAAACAAGCUUUAUUGAGGAAUCAUGAGACGCUGCGGUUAAUUCCAGCUAAUUGGCUAAUUUGUAGCUUUCCGCUAGAAUAUGUCAGACUUUUAGCAGGUGUGUUUUGUUGGGACUUAUUGUUAGGUUGGUGGUCUGUUGUGUGCUGUCACCGUAUCCACGUGGACUUUGUUUUAGGUUGGUGGGUGAAGUUGGGACCGGGGUGACACGGGACUGUAAAAACAGGACUGAGUGGACAAAGUUACUAUUAACAUCGGAAUAUAAAACCAGAUAAAAUGGCCGGCGACUGCACCCACACCAAUGCUCAUUACGCGAACGCAGAGACGUUUUGCCCGUCCAAACCCUGCUCGGUUGUAGCCAGAGAGAUGGAGUCAGUCGGGAACUCGACAGGGCGUGGACUUCCAACACAGUGGUCGUCCAACUUUGAGACGAUAGACGGGCUGUUGUACCGCAAGAAGUUGGAAAAGGGCUUCAUCAACUACCGGGAGGUUUUGGAUGAGGAACGGAGACAUGAGGCCCUCAACACCUUUCACCGGCGGCGGCUUGGCCAGCGCCACCUUUCCCUGGAGGAGACCUACAAAUGCGUGGCUGAAAACUACUGGUGGGAAGGGAUGUACUUUGAGAUCAGAGAUUUUGUCCUGGGCUGUCUGGAAUGUAAGAGCCAGCGCACCAUGAACAUAAAGGAGCUGGGUGGAAGAGGAUGUGUCACAAAGACGAUAGUGUCACACAGCACCGACAUGCUGAGCAAGCUGAGGAGUCAGCGAGAGGCAGGCCUGUUCUGUGACAUUACGCUGCGGACGAACGGGCGAUCCUACUCUGCCCACAGAGCUGUCCUGGCGGCCGUCAGCGAUCACUUCCAGGAAAUCUUCACAGAAAUGGACUCCAGCCUGAAAGCAGACAUAGAUCUCACUGGUUUUAGCGAGGACAGCCUUUUGUCUCUGCUGGAUUUUUCCUACUCCUCCACUCUGUGUGUUCGCCAGGAGGACCUACCUGAAGUCAUCGCCAUGGCCCGCCACCUGGGCAUGUGGCCUGCAGUGGAAGCCUGCUCCGCUCUCAUGAAAGAGCAGGAGCAGAAACUCCAUCCUGGCAAGGCCUUUACCUCAGCCGGUGCGAGUGCAUGUCAUGAGAGUCACCACCAGCAGAGGGAAGGCAAAAGGAAAAGGGUUUUGGGAUUAGAGGACAGUAUGGACAACGGCUUCAGUCUAAUGUUGGACGCAUCAGAUGAGUCUUUAGAAGUAAGUCCAAGGCACAGUUUGCGCCGGACACCGAAAGCCCAAGGCCAUAAUGGUCUCCCUCUGAGCCCCUCACACAGGAUGAAGCUUAUGGACUUCAAAUCUCCCUCUUCAAAAAAAGCUACUGCACCUCGACACACCAUAGCCACCCCACAGUCACAGACUUACUCGCGCAUAUCGCCAUCGAACACCCGUCUUCUCCGCUCCUCUCCUGGGGCGGCCAAGAAGGUUCAGAGAUCGCUCGCCAUGCCAGAGAGCCCUCGACGAAACCGGAAACCUCACUCUAGGGUCACAAAGAUUGCUGCGUGCAGCCCUGUGAGGGUAAAGCAGGAAGUAGAGGAGGUUGGAGAGGAUGAACAGGAUUAUGCGAGAGCACAGGAGAAGUACAAACUGAUGAAUGUUCUUGGGUUACAGAGGACCGCCCUACUCCCCAGACCAGAAGAUCUGAUUGGCUGGAGACAAAAGAAACGACUGAGAAAGCUGAAGGCUAACAACUAUUCGCUGACAAAGCGCCGAAAACCCCGCUCCACCUCCCCAGGACUAACCUUUGGUGCUGUGACACUGUCACUUCCCCUCUGUAACCCCAUUAACACUCACCUCCUCAACAAGCCAGUAAAGACCAAGCCUCUGGGUCUAGUCAACACAGAGCAGAUAACCGCAAAGAGGCCAAAGAUUGUCCGCGACAUGUUCCUCCAAGUGACAGGAGCAUGCGAAGUAAAGGUUUGUUACCAGACAUGUUUCAGCCUGAAACCAGGCCUCCCUUCGGGGGGCGGGAACUCAGACGGUCAGUGAGGAAGGGUGACAGUUUCAAUCUUCAUUUCCAGCAGCCUCUGCGAGGCAACACCAACAAAACUCUAGUGAGAAGUGCAGUCAGGAUUAAGUCAGAACCAACUGAAUACUCCCUCUCAGGUUUCCCUCUCUCAUCGAACAAUCGCUGUGGCCACACACCUCACAAAUCACCCCCUUCACACGGGACGCAGGCCAGACGUAAGGUCACUGUAGAGGCGGAAAAAACGCUGCAUUACAACAUCAGCCGGCCAGCCACAAAGACCAAGCUU